GGGAGUAUCGGCUUGAGCACAAGAAUGAAUUCUAUAUAACCUUAAAAGCCAGUUCCUUCGUAUUCUCAGAACAGUAGCUAAAGAAGCUGAGAUAGAUACGGGACUAGUCUGAGUAACACUGAAAAGAUGAUGACACCUGUUUCUCUUGUGAUCCUUUGUUUGACCUUGGCAUCAAAUGUUCUUCUCUUUCAUUCCAAUGCGCUGGACAUUUCGGACCUAAAGAAUUCUAUGUCGGCUAUGGAACGGACAACUUGUGGAACUCAUCGCUCUGAAAUUCAUAUUAGCAAAGAGGAACAAGAUGAAGUAGGAAACAUAGUGCGCACGUGCGAAGGAACAGUAGCUGUAACUAAAUGCGAAGGAACUUGUGUUUCACAGAUUCAACCGAGUGUGAAGACUCCUAGUGGAUUUUUUAAAGAUUGCCAAUGUUGCCGAGAAACGGUGAUGGAAACAAAGAACGUUGAGUUGAAGGAAUGUUUCAACAGUGACGGAAAACGUAUUUUUGACAACGAAAAAACGAUGACCAUCCGACUUCAAGAACCAUCCAAAUGCGCAUGUCAUAAAUGUGGCCACUAGAGUGCUUAUUCGAAAUACUAACAUAUCCUUAAAAAAACACGUUAUAAUAAGAAUGAUUACGAAUAAAUAAAUAACAACGGUAUAUGGAUGUACUUAUGUUUCAAAAUAGAAAAUAAUCAAUAAAAUCCAUACGAAUGUCUUGAACUGCAAGAACCA